AUGAAGUAUAUUGUGGAGCACUUGGAAGAAGAGAUUGAAGGCUGGCCAGAGCUUGAAUACCGUAAUAUGCUACUUAAUGUUGGCAAAGGAAACCUUUGGUUAUCUCAUGUGUCCGAGUCGGUUGCACAGUCACCUCCUGCAUCAUUGGAGGGUGCGAUCGUUUCAACUCAUUCCAUCCAGUCUUGGCCCGAUGUUGACAUGUCAAGAGUGAUUCUGGCUGAUCCUGCUGCUAAAACUCCAUUAUGUCCUGCAGACGCUGAAUCGUACGAUUAUAUUCUUUUUGGAGGUAUUUUGGGUGAUGAUCCACCUAAAGACCGAACAAAAGAACUUCGAGUAAUGGGAUUUGCAACUCGUCAUCUUGGAAAAGAACAAAUGACAACCGACACCGCUGUACUAGUUUCACAGCUUGUAUUGGAGAAACAGAUUCCAUUAGACAAGAUUGACUAUGUAGAUCGACCUGACAUCAAACUUGGACGAAGAGAAAUCGUCGAGAUGCCUUUCAAGUAUAUUCGACUUCCAAAUGGAGAACCUAAACUUCCACUUGGAAUGAUUGAGCAUUUGAAACAAGGAAACGAUAUUUCUUUGAAUUAAUCAUACGAUUUUCAGUCCAUGCAUA